GUCGCCCCAACUUAGACCCCGACUCUCCAUAUCGGGACGACGGAUGCGUCCCGCGCUCCAGAUCUUUGCCGUACGCGUCGUUCGCGCCCAUCUCGAUAUCCACCAAUCAACAGGAUCAUCUCACUGCCGCCAAGGCUCUCUCAGCUCAUCUCGAAAGGCUGGGUAUCCGGCAUGCUUAUAUAGGAGGCUUCGCAUGGGCUCUUCUGGGCAGCGCCCGUCCAACCGAGGAUAUAGAUGUGCUUAUAGUGAACAACAACAUCAGGGAGCUGCGGGACAAAGUCAUGGAACUCGACCCUCGCUUUGCCGAUGACAGGCUGAAGUUUUACUACGUCACUGAGGACGUUGACGAAGCUCUCGAUCCAGAGGAGCGUGUCCGGAGCAGUCACAACAACGUUCACAUCGACACUUUGCCCGCAGGUCGGUUGGGUCUGCCCGUCAACAUAGUAUCCACGUUCAAAGCCGGAGAAGCAGCCAUCGACGUUUUACAUCCCACUAUCAUGAUUCUCACCAAGUUCAAGCGAUGGUCCGUGAGCUACACCUCCACCCGUCCCAAGACGAUCAAGAAAACCGCGUCGGACCGCGGCGACAUCCUGUUCAUUAUCGAAUGGCUUGCGGAGAGAAAGGAGCAGAUUCGCUUCCAUGAGUACGAGGGCAAGACCAAGCCCGAACUCCUCUCGAUGAUUCGCAAGUACCACGACAAGUAUGUCGAUGAUGUCGCGCAUAUGGAGACGCUCCAAAGCAUCAUGCCCGACGACUGGGAGGACAUGCUUGCGCUUCCCAAGCCCGAAGCGGAGAACACUGUCCCGCCCGAAGCACAGAACACUCGCCUGCCCGAGGUGGACAACGCCUUCCCGCUCGACGUGGAGAACACUAUCCCGCCCCUGGUGGUGAACAACAACGUGCCCGGAGUGGAGGACCCUCUCCCGACAUAGGCCCGACGCACUUGCAAUACACGGUGUCUCUUCCGUCAACGGCAGCUAAUACCUGGCCUUCCAACCUGCGAGCUAUUCGUCUGACCGACACGCACUCUCCGUAGUUGGUAUGCGCUUCGUCGUCAUACCACUGCAGCUCUAGGCAGGUGUGACUGUGGCUGUCAGUGGCAGCUCUGAAAUUCGCUGUCGCUGAUGGUUAGGGUGGGGCGACAUGAAGCACGAUAUCUGGGCGCGCACGGCGCCGCAGACACGAAUUUGGAGUCGCGCAGCAGGGCAGCAGGACAAAGGUCAUUCUCCAUGAUUUGUUCGUAUCAGGUUCUCCCCCGAGCGCAGUCCCUGGAUCCAAUAUAAUCGGGAAGGGCGCAAAGUCGUCUACGAAAAUCUCGCAUGCGAGCCCCUUCCUCCUUGUCACCUGCAGAUUCGCAGG